CUUGGAAGAGCUGCCCGGCGGAGCUCCGAAUGCCACGAUCCCCUUGCUCGUCCGAGCCAGAAUGGCAAACUUUGACGUCCGACGAGUCCUGGUCGACGAAGGCAGCUCGGUCGACAUCAUGUACUCUCACCUCUUCCGGACACUCCAGCUGGACGACUCGCACCUCACUCCUUAUGUGGGUUCCGAUCUCCAAGGCUUCAACGGGGCUGCCACCAAACCGUGGGGUUACGUUGAACUGAUCGUCACUUUCGGGGAAGAGGAAGCAUCCAGGCAGGUCAAGACGAGAUUCUUGGUGAUCGACUGCAAGACCCUAUAUAACUGCAUCAUCGGACGCCCUACUCUGGCCGAGCUCACUGCUGUCCCUUUGACCGUCCACCUAAAAAUGAAAUUCUACACAAAGCGGGGACGAGUAGCCACUAUCAACGCAGACAUCGAAGCCUCCAGAAGGAUCUUUGAUGCCUCCGUAAAAGGGUUGCAGCUAAUCGCCCCUCCAUCCAACUCCAACAAGAAGCCGAGGGUCGAAGACGAACAUCCUCAGGAGGAUCAGCAUCAACUAAAUGUCAGCUCAGUCGACCUAGAUGCUCGGUUCACAGACGAAGAGCUGAAGAAUGGCGAAGAGACGAGACCAAAGGCAACUCACCCCGUCCGGCCUAUCCCAGAAGGGGACUUCGACCUCAUCCCGCUGGGCGACAACCCCGACAAAGCGGUAAAAAUCGGCAAGGUUCAUCUUCAGCCCGUCUAUCUUCUCGACAAGCUCAGCCUUGGACUUCAACGCAGCAACAUCUGGGAACUCGUCGGCUGA